UUUUGCCAAUUUUUUUCUUCCGUACCAAACCAGACAUUGAAUUGAAUUCAUGUUCUUGAAGCCAUUGAAUCCAGUGGGCGCCCAUUUCAAGCGUCGAAACGUGAUCCGACCCGUCUAAACUUUAAAUGCACCUGCCUUUCUUGAUCACCCAAAUUGGUUCUUUCAUUCAUCUUCAGAUCAGAAAGUUAGUCGUCAAGUUUCCAUCAAAACUGUUAUAUAAACCCCUUUUUCACCCUAAUAAUUCCUGAAAAGGAUCAAGGGGUUUUGAGAUUUAUCGAAGAUCUAUCAUGGGGUUUCGGCUGUUACUCCUCUCGUACUUCAUCUGUUCUCUUCUGUUCUUGCCUGAUUUCUCAAUCCAGUCUUCAAACUUACGGAAAAUACGUGGGUCAGUGAUCAGAUUGCCGAAUGGUGAUUCGUAUGGCCACCCUUUUGAUCCCACUCGAGUCACCCAAAUUUCGUGGCAUCCCAGGGCGUUUUUAUAUAGGAACUUUUUAACAGACGAAGAGUGCGAUCACCUAAUUCAAUUGGCGAAGGAUAAGCUCGAGAAAUCGAUGGUUGCCGAUAAUGAAUCUGGAAAGAGUAUUGAAAGUGAGGUUCGAACAAGCUCCGGCAUGUUUCUUAACAAAGCUCAGGAUGAAGUGGUUGCCGGUGUUGAAUCAAGAAUUUCUGCAUGGACGUUCCUUCCGGUAGAAAACGGAGAGUCUAUGCAAAUAUUGCAUUACGAAAAUGGUCAAAAAUACGAGCCACAUUGGGACUACUUCCAUGAUAAGGCCAAUCAAGCAAUGGGCGGUCACAGGAUUGCCACCGUACUUAUGUAUCUAUCUAAUGUACAAAAAGGUGGGGAGACGGUGUUUCCUGAGUCCGAGAUAAAAGAAUCUCAACCAAAAGCUAAUGAGGAUUGGUCUGAGUGUGCUAAAAGGGGUUAUGCAGUGAAACCGAAAAAAGGUGAUGCUUUGCUGUUCUUUAGCCUCCACCCAAAUGCCACAACCGACGUAUUGAGCCUGCACGGAAGCUGCCCGGUUAUCGAAGGCGAGAAAUGGUCCGCAACUAAAUGGAUCCACGUCAGAAAUUUCGACAAAUCUGAUACCACAAGCGACGAAUGCACGGACUUAAACGUGAACUGCCCGACGUGGGCUGCUACUGGCGAAUGCCAAAAGAAUCCCGUCUAUAUGGUGGGAUCUGAAGAACGUGGUCUCGGAUAUUGUAGGAAAAGCUGCAAAGCGUGUUAGGAACACGUUAGUCGUAUUAGAUACAGGUUUCCCGUCUCUAUAUAUCUAGAGUUUUCGCGUGUUUGUUUUCAUAUUUCCCAUCGGAGUCGUAGGGAUAUCGAGAAGAGAUAUGUAAGUUGUUCAAGUGUUUUUACAAAGGGAAACCACAAAUGUCUAUAUUGUCCUCAUUUGUUUUGAGCCAUGGAGAUUCUAUCUGUAGAAAAGACUGGCAUUUUGGUCAUUAUUACAUCUUCUGA